AUGGCGUCCCGCUCAUCUAGAUUGCUGCCGGCCCUGAGGACGACUCGGCGGCAGGCUCUGCUCAACACGACGCGCUGCGCCGCUCAGCUUCCCGUCACGGCGGCUCCACUACGAUGCCUCAGCACAACCGUCUCACGGUCGGCUGCGGAGAAGGCCUCGGGUCUCAAGCAGAUCAAGCUGACGUCCGACUCGUAUCCUGAUGUGAAGCGCGACGCGAGGUUUGGCCAGGUCACGCCGGAGCAUGUCACAUUUUUCAAGGAUCUGCUGGGUCCCUCUGGUGUCAUUGAUGGCGUGACGGCUGAUGCGACGGAAGACCUCCAAGCUUUCAACGAGGACUGGAUGCGCAAGUACCGCGGCCAGAGCAAGCUCCUGCUCAAGCCUGCCUCGACGGAGGAGUCAUCGACGACGUUCAGCGGCGUCGUCGUCGACGCCUGCGUCAUCUCGAGAACGCGACAGUCCUCGCGAGAGGGCUACAUCUUCCCUCUCGACCUCGGCGCCAAGGGCUCGUGCCACAUCGGCGGCAACGUGGCCACCAACGCCGGCGGCCUGCGCCUGCUGCGCUACGGCAGCCUGCACGGCAACGUCCUCGGCCUCGAGGCCGUGCUGCCCGACGGCACCGUCGUCGAGGACCUCUGCACGCUGCGCAAGAACAACACGGGCUACGACCUCAAGCAGCUCUUCAUCGGCGGCGAGGGCACCGUCGGCAUCAUCACCAAGGUGUCCGUCAUCUGCCCGCAGCGCUCGAGCGCCGUCAACGUCGCCUUCUUCGGCCUCGAGUCGUUCGACAAGGUGCAGCAGGCGUUCAAGGCGGCCAAGGGCCAGCUGUCGGAGAUCCUGUCGGCCUUUGAGCUCAUGGACGCCGGCAGCCAGCAGCUCGUGCACCAGGUGCGGCGCGACGCCAAGCGGGCCCCUCGAGGACGAGCACCCGUUCUACUGCCUCGUCGAGACGAGCGGGUCCAACGCGACCACGACUACGAGAAGCUGGAGAAGUUCCUCGAGGACGUCAUGUCGAACGAGGUCGUGUCGGACGGCGUGCUCGCGCAGGACGAGACCCAGGCCAAGGCCCUCUGGAGCUGGCGCGAGGGCAUCCCCGAGUGCCUCGGCCACUGGGGCGGCACGUACAAGUACGACGUGUCCAUCCCCAUUGCCGACAUGUACAAGCUCGUCGAGGACACGAACGAGCGGAUGCAGGCGGCGGGCCUCGUCGGCGACACGGACGCGUUCCCCGUCGUCGGCGUCGUCGGCUACGGCCACAUGGGCGACUCGAACCUGCACCUCAACGCCGCCGUGCGGCGGUACGAUCCGCGCGUCGAGGAGGUGCUCGAGCCGUUCGUCUACGAGUGGAUCCAGAAGCGCAACGGCAGCAUCAGCGCCGAGCACGGCCUGGGCGUGGCCAAGAAGAAGUUCAUCGGCUACAGCCGAUCCGACAGCAUGAUCGGCCUCAUGAAGGGCAUCAAGAACCUCUAUGAUCCGAACGGCAUCAUGAACCCGUACAAAUACAUCUGA